UUGCACAAUGUCUUUUUCUAUGGUUGCACACCCUGAUCUGCGGCUAAUUUUUGUAAUUAAUUUUUGUAUAUGUGCACAACUGCGUACACCGAGAUAGAAGCUGAGAUUUUUGAUGGCUAUCGAGAAACGGCAAAUCCGAGUUGCGACAAAAUAAAACGCGGGAAAGCGUAAACUCAAAACAAAAACAUUCAAAACAAACUGCUACUAUGCACAAUGUUCUGUUGAUGCCGAUGUCGGUCUCCAAUGGUUUCGCUUGAAUACUACUAUGCCUGGCGUCACUGCAGUGGUUGCGAAUUUCUGCUGGUGAAGAUGCAGGUGAAGUGAGGUGACUUCGUGCACAGGCCGUCUGCCUGCGGACUUCAGAAUCCUAGCAGAACGCAACCCUGAUCUCUACGACGGCAAAAAGGAAGUAGAGUGACAGGUGGAGAAGUAUAUUGACUCUUCCAUUAAAGGAAUUGUACUUCAGAAGGACUGCACACCCCAAAACAGGUGCAAAUCACCAAGAAAAAGACGGGCGAAAGGAAAGGACAAGCAGUAAUGAACGGUUCAUCAGAUCCAGAUUCCUCAGACAUGGAUGGGCUGGGGGGCUCAUCCCAGCGGCACCGGGCCCAGGACCGGGAAAUAGAACAGCGCUAUGCCAACCUGCUCACGCCCAUCCGAGACCUGACCAAGAACUUCGAGGUCGAUAUCGCUGCAUACCUCGACCAGUACCUCGGGGAGUUGUCACAAACUCCGAUCACCUACCAGGAAGGCGAGUCCAGUGUAAAUUUCACCCAGGCAGCCUUUCUGAUCCAAGGAAGUGCCUUUGUCUAUGGCAAAAAGGUGGAAUACCUCCAUUCCCUUGUACAAAAGAUGGCGGGAGAAAUAGUUCAUAACAGAUCAUCGAAGUUUUGUGAAAACAGUAUGCACCUAAAAGGCGACACACAGGAGAAUGCCAAAGAAAGCGGCGGCGCAUCAGCGCGGCGGAAAAAGGAUGACACGCAGUUUAUGAUGCACGAAGACAUGGAGCUUGCGGACAGUUUGGAUGACCUGCCGACCCCAAGGCAAGCAGCGCGGAACCAGGCCGCGGCGCAACGGAAUCAGUUCAGGAGGCAACGCCGGAGACCUCUGGCCAUGGUUGUCUUUGACACGGAAAAGGAGACCAAGCUCUUCGACCUCAAGAACGACGUGGUGGGUUACCGAGUUGACUAUCGGCUGUACACCGGCGUGCACGAAAUGGCUGAGUCCCAGGAUCAGCAGCAGCAAGAGUGCUGUCGGGAUUCUGACCCCUCCGCUUCACCUUCUAUGUCACCAAUGGACACGUCUUUGGACAUGGCCGAUGAUUGCGGACCAGCCUCUCCGCUGCCAAUGUCAGAGGAUGCUGAAAUGGUGCCCUUCUGUGGGGACAUUGGGGCCUUCGAGGAGUGCCCAGCCAAGCCAGAUGUGGAGGAGACAUCCACGGUGCCUGUGCCUCCGGUCCGGCAGUCAAGCCUCGCCAAGCGCAUCAAGGAGGAACGCGUCAAGCACGAGCAGCAGCAACAUCCAGCACAGCCAUUUAUAGUUGUCAAAAGGCUACAUGACCCAAUGGAGGAAGUGAUGGGGAAGGAUAAGCCGCUGGUGAUUCGCCGGAGGACGCGGAAGCGGGCCUUCGACGAGUGUGCCUCCUUGGAUGGCAAGACUGUUUCGACUGUCAUCGUUCCUGUCGCCGCCAUCUGGGUCAAGCAGAGCCACUAUCCACAUUUGUUGACCAAGGAGCUUCAGCUGCGGAAGCAGGGGGAAGUCCUACCGGGAGGGGAGCGGUACCUUCGGCAAACUCUGGAAGCCCUGAAGAAGAUGGACAAAGGGAAGGACCAGAGCAAGGAUGGAUUUGAAGACACGGCCGAGGACGUGGAUGACAUCGACGACAUGCCAUGGUUUUUCGGCAAUUUCAUCUUGCCGAACACAAUACGUGAUGAUCUUCCGGGGGUAGAAGAAGAAGAGAAGGACCUCGAUCUGGCAUGUUGUGCCAACAUCAUGCUGCCCGAGGUGGCUGAGCAAGGCCCACCUCCAUCGGAUGAGUCUUCAGAACGAGACUCUUACGAGAAGCUGGUCCAUAGCUACCUGCAGGAGUUUCAUGAACCUUUGUCGGAGUGCCAGCUCUCUGACCUGCAAAAAAGAGUCGCUGAUUGGGAGAGUCGAAUCAGGCCUAUGCUUGACAUUGAAGAGGAGCGGGAGAGCUUCAACAUUCGCACCUACUGCAACCGAGUGCUGGACCAUUUCUCCGACGCGCCAUCCAAGCAGACCCUCUACUUCCGCCAGAUCUGCAGGGGCCGGCACGUGUGGGAGGUGUCUCGGUACUUUGCCUCCACACUGCAACUGGCCAACAACUACAAUGUGGAGCUCAAUACAGACGGCGUGAUGGAGGAGGGCAUGGAUACACUGCAACUCACGUUGCUUUCGCGGAAGCAGCACUUCCAUGAGCUUGAAGAGUUUGGUGACAACAAUGUCAGCUUGACAAACUCAUCCGAGCCAACAAGGAAAGGGAAGCAGGCCCGCAAGCGGCCACCAGCUGUCUCGUAUCCAGAGGACCCCAGUGAUGUGUUGCGUGAAAACCCCGUGGUCCCCGACCCUGACUUUUGCACUGACCCACGACUUCCUCGAACUGUGCGGACAACAGUGCGCGCCAAGUCAAGAAUGCGUGCCCUUGCUGCACUCACAUCGUUAGCAGAAGAGUCUUCUGAGGGUGAAAAUGACGAGAAUAUGGCGACAGCUUUUGUGUAACUCGACUGGCUCCUUCUCGGUGGUGGCUACUGUGUGUGUGUAUGUGGUGUGAGUGCGUGUGUGCAAGCAACACUUGGCAUGGCCUUCUCACAAACGCGUCAUCUGCUCCCUUCCCUACAACGUUUUGGGCGUGGCAGCACUGAAAGUUACAUGCUCCCUUUUUUAAAUCAACAGUCAUUUACUGCACCAGAAAAAUGGACAAAAGUGCUAGUAAUUUUAUACCGAAUUGGUUUUGCUAGUUUCUUCAAGGACAAGGGCUUUUCUGAACCUUUCGAGCCUGAACCUUUUAAACUUUUACUUUGUUUACUUUUAUUUUCUAGUACCAUAUGACCCUGGAUCAAAGAGCCAAUGGGUAUAGCCGAUAUUCUAAUUAACAUGAAGAGAAAAACAUGGCACUGUGCAGGUCAUGUAAUGCGCAGGUUAUUUAACCGUUGGACCAUUAGUGUUACAGAAUGGGUACCAAGAGAACGGAAGCUUGGUACAGGACGGCAGAAGACUAGGUGGUGCGAUGAAAUUAGGAAAUUCGCGGGUGCUAGUUGGAAUCGGUUGGCGCAGGACAUGGGGUAAUUGGAGAUCGCAGGGAGAGUCCUUCGUCCUGUAGUGGACAUAAAAUAGGCUAAUGAUGAUGACAACAAUGGCCCUGAAUUGUGUCAGGCUCAGGUGAGAUACUGCAUUGCAUACUCAGCCAAGCAGCCCAUUGCCACCCGUCGUCACCUGUGCACGUAAUUUAAUCCGACACACCGCACGAAUUGGUGAUCACGUACGACUGGAGAAUGACAGCGUUCUAUUUGCUGUAUUCAUGUCCUUCAUGCAUCUUGCGAGGCUUAAGGCCAGGUACCAGGCAAGUUAUGUAAGCCACCCUACAUUUAUUGGAAAUUGGGCAGAGUCGUGGAGGUGGAGAAGCAGCCGAGAUCGGCUGCCGCUCCAAGCAAGUGUACAGCAUGCGCUCUCGCCUGAGCCUGUGUUUUGCGGUAUCUUAAAUGUGCUUGUCUAGCUUUUAUCUUCGUGUGCGAUGCUCAUCAAAAGGAGAUUUUGGCAUCGUGACCGUUCCCUCCGUCCCCAGUCUGGCUGUUCCUUGCGAUGAUGUGGGCAGGGCACUGCUCGUUCCUGUGCGUUAAUGGAAAAGAGCAGUUGCGAUAUUCCAGCGCAGGUCUGCUUUACAAGAGCUGGAGCUUUAAGUACAGUGGGGGGGAUCUUUUGGAGCCGGAUAUGUUUUAGACGUGAGCCUUUUUGCUUGUCUGUUUCCCCUGCCAAUCACCACACAUACAUCAUUGCCUCACCUUCUCAUUGUUGUCCAAGCUGCUUACAGUUGGACUGAAGGUAGAGCCGCCUUCACUUCACCUUCCCAUGUUUUAACAUGUGUUUACCUGGAGCAGAUGCUGCCUUGCAUGUUUCAUUAGUUCGUAUGCUUCCCAAAGUACUUUCAGUGCACAAAAAUUUUAUGUGUUGCCCUUUAUUGCUUGAAAUCUGCACCUUUUAGUGUUGGCGUGUUGCUGGACUUCUCAACACAACAUUGUCAAGCGUAGCUGCAAUGGCCUUGUCUCCAAACAAACUUUUGAUCGACAGGGGAUUGAAUACACAUUUCUUAGCUGCCGUUAGCCAACAGUCUACUGUGUGAUUAGCAUCUCUAAGCACCUUGUGUCUGAAUUUGCAGUCCUGUGUUCAGAAGUGUCUCUGCCUGUUGGAAACCAUGCACCUAAGGCGAUUUGCACACAUUGUGUGUUCAAUGUAUACAUGAAGCAGCAGUCAUAAUGAUUUGACUAGCUUAUUUGUUGGAAAUUGCCUUAUCAGUUUGGCGGAAAAUGGUGGCCAUCAAAGGAAAUGCUUUCUUGAUAUGGUGUUGCUACAUACAUGAAAAUGUUAUUCACAUUUAAAAAAGAAGAAAGACAAUGCAAUCCUUGGAAAAAAAUGGAAGACUGCUGGUACUCUCAUCAUUCAUGUGUUUCCGACAAACAGUGUGCAACAACGAACUGCGACAAAGAGACUGAAUUCCUGUGUGAAAACUAAAAUGUGAUAAGAGUGUAUGACAGCUUCCACUACUGAAAGUGCAAAUAUGAAAGGAGAGAGAUUUUUCAGUUGUAUGCUUCAUAAUGCACGAGCUAUGAGCAUUUAUUGGUGCCACUGUGCAAACCUUUGCUCUGGUACGUUUCACACGCUAAUUAGCCGCCCUGAUGCAUUUUUAAAAAGUUUGUUUUAUAUUCGUGCAAAGCGCAAGCACUUUAACAGAAGUUUGGUGAUGGCAAGGCAGAUGCUGAAUAUAAAGAAAGACUGCAGUGCCUUACCAAUUCAAAUGCGGCAGGAAAAAAGAAAGAGCGCCAACUGAUCACCAUUGCAGUCUGGUUUUCCUCUCACAAUCCUUAUCCCGCAAGUCUUGUGGCAAAUUACCAAAAACUCUUGCUGUCAUCACAUCUGUUUGUAGGCACUGAUCUGUCAUAAGCAUUUCCAUAGCUAUUGUACAGCUUGUGUAGCAGUAUUUUUUUGUCUGUUUCCAUACUAUGUCUUUGGAAGGAAUUUUCGAGUUGUGACGUUUCGGAAGAUGUGGUCACGCUGCCACUUCUUUGGCUGGUUUCAUGGGCCCUUAUGUGCACAAAAGGGCGUGUUACGAUGUUCAGUGGUUAAUGGUGACGGACAUCUGCACCAUUUCAGCCUGUGUCGAGGUCGAAAAAGAAAUGCAAGCUUAGCCAGAAAUUUAAGCAUAUGGCAUGGCUUAACCCACCUUGGAGGAGGAGCAAAAAAAAACAAACUAAAUAAUUUUGAAUGCUCAAUUUAGGUGCGGUGGAGAGGCAACGGACCGCACAUUGUUGCUUUAAUGUUGCUAACUGGAAUGUUAAGAUUUCGCCUUAAGAGUGUCAGUGUUGCUUUAUUCAGCAGGCUGUACUGUUGUCCCGCUUGCAGAGGGGGAAAGUUGAGGCACAGGCAUUUGUACUUCUGGGACGCUGCAGGUGCCCAUGUGCACAGCCUACUGCAGUUUUAUGUAUGUAGAGCCAUUGUAAAUAGUGUAAAAAUGUUGUCAAAGCAUUGGCAAAACACCCCAGCUGCCAACUGGGGCAUGCUACAUUUUAUUUUUUUGCUGGAUCCUGUACAGUAUAAUAUGACCAUAUUUGGAAAAGCAUCGCAUGUAGAGUUCACUGUUUUCAAACCAAUGUCAUUCAUUCAGAUUGCCUUUUCUACCCACUUUUUUUUUAACAUAGAAAGCUUGUAUUGUGUACCCAUUUGAUGAACAACUGAUGCAUAAUUUAAGUGAGAAGAAAAAAAAAAGUAUUUGUGGCGAUAUUUUGAAGAAAUUAAAUGAUUGGACUGGU